AUGCCAUCUAUAGAAGAGCAGCACAUACAGACACUGGAAACAACAGCUUUACUGCCGCCACAUGCUGCUGUACAAGUUCAUACUUAUGCAACCGUUUCGCAAGAUGCAGAGACAGGCAAUCUAGUUGUCGUAACUCAAAAAGAGAAGAGGUCAUGGUUUUGGACCAGCAACUCUUAUGCCUGGUCGCUAGCAAUGUUGGUGCUCCUGUUCCUGAUAUUCACUGCCUUGGAAUACACUCUCAUCAAGCUCAGCUUACCGGCUAUGAAUCCACAUGACAGAGACGCUAUCAAGUUUCCAAAGAAUUUGGAGGAUCUAAGAAAGCUGAAUGCUGUGCUAUCAAUGUAUAUGGACAAACAUUUCAUCAGUGUAUAUGUUGCAUUCAUCAUUACUUAUAUAUAUCUGCAGAGCUUUUCGAUACCUGGAUCCAUGUGGCUAUCCAUCCUCGGCGGCACUUUGUUCAACUUUUGGCUCACACUAUUCACAGUAUCAAUGUGCUCUGCUAUCGGAGCAACAUUUGCGUACAUCAUAUCAAGGAGUCUUGGAUCCGUUGCUGUCAUUAAACUCAUGGGCGAGAGGCUCAAGAAAUGGAAUGAGCAGCUUGUACAACAUAAACAGCACAUGUUCAACUACAUGAUUGUCUUGAGAAUAUCACCAUUGCCGCCUAAUUGGACAGUCAAUCUAGGCUCGCCUCAUUUGGGUGUACCCAUUGGCCCUUUCUUCUGGGGCACGUUUGUGGGUGUCGCUCCACCUUCCUUUAUACAUGUCCAAGCAGGUGCUGCAUUAGAUCGCCUAUCCUCAUCUGACAAGUUGGAGCUAUUAACGCCCAUUAAUGUACUAUGUCUGCUGGCUGUUGCUGUAGUAGCCUUGAUACCUGUAUUAGUUAGACGGCGAUUUCAGAGCCCUCCUCCUAUUUCCAUUUAA